AUAGCUGCGCUCCCCUCCACUCCCAGCCACUCGCUUCCCUCCCUGCCUUCCCUCUCCUCCAGAGCCCCAGCAUCCUCUCCAGCAUCCUCUCCAGCAUCCUCUGGCAGCGCCGAUGCUAAGCACGGAAAGUUUUGCAGGGGCGAGAGCCCUCGGUGAGGAGUCGCUGCAGAUGUGGGACCUCAACAAGCGGCUGGAGGCGUACCUGGCCCGCGUGAAGUUCCUGGAGGAAGAAAAUGAGGUGCUGCGAGCCGAAAUCCAGAGUGCCAAGGGUAGCCCAGCCGGGGACUCCUGGCGGGCAAAGUACGAGGAGGAGCUGCGAGCCCUGCGGGAUGCGCUGGAUCAUGCCUUCAGGGAGAAGUGCACGGCUGAGCUGGCCAGGGACAACCUCUAUGAGGAGGUUCAGCAGGUGAAAAGCAGGUGCCAGAAGGAGCAAGCAGCCCGAGAAGAAGCCAAGAAGCAGCUGUCCUUGAGCAGGAAGGAGCUGGAGGAGGAGAGGAGAGCACAGAUCUGGCUGAAGGAGAGAGCCGUGCAGCUGGAGAAGGAGGUGGAAGCCUUGCUGGAGGUGCACGAGGAGGAGAAAGCGGGGCUAGACCAGGAGAUCGCAAGCUUCUCGCAAAGCCUGGAGAGCUUCCGCUGCGCACCGGUGGCUUUCCAGCCAGUGGAGGUGGAGGACUACUCCAAGAGGCUCUCAGAAAUCUGGAAAGGGGCGGUGGAGACCUACAAGACGGAGGUGUCGCAGCUGGAGACUUCCCUCUGCCAAGCCAAGGAGAACCUAUGGAAAGCGGUGGAGGACAACCAGCAGAGCCAGCUGCAGCUGCAGCACCUGGAGAAGGACCUGGCGGGGCUCAAAGCACGGAAGGAGAUGCUGGAGGAGAGCCUGGCCCGGCAGUGGCAGGAACAGCGGGGGGAGGCAGAGAAGUUCCAGCUGGCGAUGGAGGCCCUGGAGCAGGAGAAGCAGACCCUGCGGGUGCAGAUUGCCCAAGUGCUGGAGGACAGGCAGCAGCUCAUGCACCUCAAGAUGUCCCUCAGCCUGGAAGUGGCAACCUACAGGACACUGCUGGAAGCAGAGAGCACCCGCUUGCAAAUGCCAGCUGGGGAAUACAAGAUGGCAAAUGGCUUGCGAGAUCUCAAGCUGGAGGUGAGCAGCGGCGGCAAGCUGGCACCGGUGAGCGCUGAGGCCAGGCGGCUGCUGCCCCGGGACCACCGUGCCAGCCCCUCCGUCUUCUCCAGGGCAGAGGGGAGGGGGCAGACAGCAAAAGCCCAAAGUGACACCCUGACACCCAAAAGCCAGAGCCCUGGUGCCAGGGAGCUCCAGAAAAUCAGCUCAGUCCUCCAUGCCACAGCACUUCAGGCUGCCGGCACGGCCAGAGAGCCAGGUACCUCUGGCUGCCCCGUGCCAAGCCCCUCACAGCCCGGCAAAGCUGCCCCUCCUCUCUCCCCAGAGGCCCCCAGCCCCGUGCCACCAGAGCCGGGGAGCCCAGGGGGAGAGGGUCCUGCCUGGCCGGGGGGAGACGGUGGUGAGAUGAGCCAAGGGAUGGAGCAUCCUCCACCUGGAGCCGUGGCAGAGGCCCACAAUUCCAACACUGAGCCCCUGGGAACGGCGCCAGCCUGCAGCCUGCAGUACCCAGCCCAGCUGGUCAGUGAGGCGCUGGAGGAUGCUCUCAAGGAAAUGCAAGAUGAUGCUCAGCCCAGAGAAGAACCCAUGCUCAGCGCUGCAUGGGCACCCCAGGAUGCCCGUGUCCCUAGCCCCGUUCCACCCAUAGAGGCUUGUGGAGGGGCUGUUGCAGAGGGGGCCAGGCAAAGGCAAGACCCCUCCAAGGGUGCCAGGGAUGGCGAAGCCCCCGAAGCGGAGGAGAGGGCUGGGGAAGCCAUGCUCCAGGGGCUGGAUGUGGAGACCAGCGCCCUGUGGGACAGAGCCGCAUCCCCACCAGGACUGCAUCCCUGUGGCACGGCUUCUUCCCUAAGUGCUGCAGCGAGCCGGGAAGAGAUGGGACCGUGGGAGGAGGAGAUGCUGAGCCCAAGGGAACCAGAAGCGGUGGCCCAGAAAGAGGACGCAAGUGGCCCUGGACAGAUGGGGAGCAGCUGGGAAGAGCCAGAGCGAGGGGAGGAUGAGGCGGAGGCCCCAAGCACAGAGGCAUCGCACCCCUCGGAGGACAAGGGGGAGAGGGGACCCCACAGCCCCUGCGGGGAGGACGGUGAUUUCCAGGUCAAAGGAAUGGAUGUGCAAGGAGGGGAGUCCCUGCAAAGGGAAGUCAAAGCUUCUUGUGCUGUCCUCGUGGAAAGCCACCCAAUUUUGCCCAUGGAAAGUCACCUGGAGGAGGACCUUGUUGAUGGAGACCAGGAAAAGUUUGAGCAUCAGGAAAUGCCUGUGUACGAGACGGAUCUCGCUGCAGAGGAGGAAAGCGGGCAGGAGGCAUGCCCAGAGCAGGAGCCCUCAAGCAUCCAUGAGGCCAUCCCAGCAGAAGAGGCUUCACUGGGGGCUGAAGAAGAUGCCGUGGGAGGGGAGGACACAGGCAGAGCAAAAGAUGGUGAGGGAGAAAAGGGAGAGGCUGGUGGGGAGGCUCUGGGAGGAGAAGACCCCUGGGCAGGAGAGGCUGUGGGACCUGAAACCCUGGGGCAGGAGAGCGGAGCCCGGGAGGAGCCUGGGGACCUGCAGGAAAAUGGCUUUGCAGAAGAGGUGCGGGAGCAGGAGGAGCUGGAGCCGGAGCUGGAGCCAGAGCCGGAGCCAGGAGAGGAGCCCUGGGGCAGGGGGGAUGAUGGCAGUGGCCAAAAGGCCCAUCCAGAGGACUGGGAGGUGACAGCAGAGGACACAGAGGGGGCUCUGGGGACAGAAAAGCCAGCAUGGGCAGAUGACAGCCCGACAAGCGCAGGAGGGCUGGAAAGUGAGGAGACAGACAGCACGUCACCGGCAGAGCUGGAGGAAACCCAGGAAGAUGAUGAAGAUGCCGAGAGCCAGGGUAUGAGCCAGCAGCAGCCACCGCCGGAGGCUGAGCCAGCCCCGGAGCUGGCAAGGGAUGAGCAGGAGGGCACUGCAGGGCAACCUGCCCAGGCACCCGCAGAUGUCCCUGGGCAAGGGGACAGCCAGGAGCUGGCCGAGGCUCCGGAGGAGCCAUGGGAGGUGCAGGAUGAAGAUGCUGACGAUGAGAUCGACUCAGAGCUGGGACAGCCAGAAAGCAGCAGCACUGGCCCUAUGGCACUUCAGCAGGCACCAGGUGACGGUGCGGAGACCGGUGAGUCGGCAGAGGAGGAUGGUGGGCGAUUGGGAGAGCUGGAGCAGGCACUGGGGACAGGCAGGAGGGUGGAGCUGGAGGACACACUGCCGGACAGCACGCCCUUGCACCUCUAUGAAGGAGAGAUGCUGGCUGUGGUUGCAUCCAGCCAAAACCCACCAGAGACUGAGGAGACUACAGAGACAGCCUCUGCAUCUGAAAUAGCUCCAGAGGAUGAAGGAUGGCUAGAAGGGAGGCACAAGCUACCAACUCCCACCAUGCCAGAGAGCUGCGAAGAGGAGGCCGGCAUGGAGGUAGCCCCUGUGGCAGAGGGUGCCGAGGAGGAGGAAGGCUAUUUCAUGGUCUCUGCUCCCAACCAAGAGGUGUCCAGCUCAGAGGAACCCGAGAUCUCCGAGGACUUUGAAGAAAUUAAAGUUGAAGCAACCGAAGCCAGCAAAGAUGAUCUGGAAGCUCCUGGAGAAGCAUCUCUGGUGCCAGAGGACGAAGGGCACUUUGAGGCAUUUGUUGGUGAAGCAGAUGAAGACAUGAAGAUGCCCAUAGAAGAACCUGAGAUGCCAAAGGAUGAGGAUGAGGACGAUGCUGGGGGUUUUACUGCCGAGUUGGAGGAAGGCCCAGCUGUGCCUGAAGCAGAUCUUGGCUCGCCUGGGGACAUGGGGCUGUUAGCAGGAGGCAGUGAUGAGUCAGCCCAGGGUGCCACAGGCUCUGGCGCGCGUGAGGAACCAGGGCUCUCCGAGGGUUUGGCUGCUGAAUCAGAUGGGGAGCUCAAUGACACGGUGGAGCUGGAGAGCAAUGCUGGCAGAGCUGAAAUGCUCCCAGGCUGCAACCUGGAGCUGGUGGGGCAGGAGGAGGAGGAGGAGGAUGAUAAGCCCAGCAUGGCUCACCAUGAUGCAGCCGAGCCCAUCCCUCCGGCAGGGCUCCAGGCCCAGGCAAUGCCAGUUUCUCCGCUGCCUGACCAAGCAGAGCAGACAUCGGAUGAGCAACCAUCUAUGGAGGAGGAAGCACGGGACGGUGACAACCUUCCCCCGGCCGGGGAUGAGGAGCCUCCCGAGGCCAAUCCACCUCGGCUGGGCUCCACACCGGAGCAGGAAGGUUUUCCAGAGAUGAUUAAAGGAAGCCCAAGUGCAGCUGAUCUCUCUGCAAAAGUGCCGGCGGACAUCAUGAAAGACUCCGAUAUCUUGGAAAUAGUCGAGCAAGCCCUGGAGUUCAACCAGGAGCUGGUGAUGGGGGUGAGGGCGGCUGAGGGUGGGCAGCGGGAUCCUGGUGGGACUGAGCUCCCCCAGGAUGCUGGGGAAGAAUCCUCACCCACCUUGUCCAGCGAGGAGGAGCUGACGGUGCAGGAGGCACUGGCAGAUGUGGCACCGGGGAUGGAGGGUCCGGUUCGGGCCGAGAAUGGGCUGCACCGGGAGGCCAGCCUGGAGGACCUGGCGGAAUUCACAGAGGAGAUGCUGAAUGGCAUCACCAGCGUGCUGCCGGCACAGGAGUUCCCCACAGAGACCGCAGACCCCACUGCAGUGAUGCCACCACAGCCCCCUGCUCCUGGAGAUGCCACCGCCACCAAGCUGGCUGAUGCCACCCCGCAUAGCAAGCACAGCGGAGCUGACGCCAUCCCCAUACCGUCCACUUUGGGGGACAACGUCUUGUGCCUCACACCCGACCAGCCACCGGCAUGCCAGCUGAGAGCCGAGCAGGAGCCCUGGUCCUUGGUGGAUGAGUGACGGUGGCAGUGGGGGACCCCUCUGGUAGCCCCCUCCCUGCCAAAACCCAGCACCCUCACUUUGCCCACCCACCCACCUAACGCUUCUCCAUCUUCUUAUGAUUUUUAACAUGUUUGUGUGGAUUUUUUGCACCCCUUUUCAGAGUGAAGAACCACCAAGCUCAAUUCCCCUCCCUAGCCCUCCAAAUUCGCAUGCUUGCUCCAGGAGCCCAGCCUCAUUUUGUGCCCCCUCUGGGUGGGUUGCUGUGGCUGUAUUUAAUUUAAACCCCGUUUCCCCCUUCCCUGUGAUCUCCCCCCUUCAAUCCCCCCAGUGCAUCCACCCCAGGAAGCCCAGCUGGAGGCUGGGGACCCCCACAUACUGCACCCCAGGGCCCAGCGCCUUGGGGCGAGGGCACCCUGGGGCCCGCAGCCCCAACCCCCCGAUGCUCGCGGGGCUGACCCACGCUGGAUGUAUUCGCUACCUUGACGUUAAUUUAAUAAAGCCUUGUCCUCUCGCUCGGA